CCUUGUUUGCUGUCAUGGAGUGUACCGUGUUCCCUUAAGCACAAUGUGCCCUCGGCGAGACAGGACCCGAUCGAGCAGCAGACUACAGUGUUUUACAAAACCCACUGCACUUCUGUGUUUACACUCGUCACCUCGGGACAACUUGCUGGUUUAUAUGCAUCCCGUCAAGUGGUGCAGUGGGUGUCUUUGUGGAUCUGGAAUGCAAAGCUCAGACCUCAAAUGCAACAUGACUACAGAAGACUUCUAUCACCUGCCCCUCAACAUCUAUGUCAUUAUCCUGGGCAUAGCCCUCUUCGUCUUCAUGCUCAGCCUCAUCAUCUGCUGCUACAUGUUCAGACUACGACGACAAAGCUCUAGAGAACAGUAUGGAUAUAAUCAGGUCGUUUUGAAAGAAGCAGGAAAUAAACUCCAGCUUAUUGGUCAAAUGUGCGCCGUAUGCUUGGAAGAAUUCCGCAGCCGUGAUGAACUCGGAGUGUGUCCCUGUUCCCACGCCUUCCACAAGAAGUGUCUGCUGAAGUGGUUUGAGAUCCGCAGCGUCUGCCCAAUGUGCAACAAGCCCAUCUCCCGCCUUCUGCCUGAGGCCUCAGUGCAGGGAACCCAGGCCCCCAAGACCCCCCCGAGGUCUGAUUGGAAGGAAAACAUUUUUUUUAUUACCACACAGAUAGGCCAGUGA